CAUACUCACACGGAGCAUUUUAGCAGGCAAAUAGCAAAUACCAAACCACUCUCUCUCUCUCUCUCUCUCUCUCUCUCUCUCUAAUUUUCUUGAUUGAUGCGCAUACUCUUCCCCCCAAACCCAAUCAAAACCCCAGCUCUCUUCAACUCCAUCCUCCGUCUGCGAUUCAACUCGCUCCGAUCCCACUGUUUCAACUCAAUGGCCAUACCUCCUCCGAAGUCAGCCAUGGCUUCUGCUGUCGACAACGAGGUGGGUCUUGCUCGCCGCUUCUGGAUCAAGUUCCACCGAGAAUCGGUUUUCGCUAUGUACUCUCCCUUCUCGCUCUCUUUGGCUUCCGGGAAUCUCAAGAUUGAAACUUUCCGCCAUUAUAUUGCCCAAGAUGUUCACUUUCUCAAGGCCUUCGCUCAUGCGUAUGAAUUGGCGGAAGAGUGUGCAGAUGAUGAUGAUGCAAAGGUUGCGAUUUCUCUGUUGAGGAAUGCUGUUCGGGAGGAGCUGAAAAUGCAUGAUUCAUUUGUGAAGGAAUGGAGUUUACAUGGUGCUAAAAAGGCCGCUAUCAAUUCUGCAGCAGCAAAGUACAUAGAUUUCUUAUUGGCAACAGCCUCUGGAAAAGUUGAAGGAGUUAAAGGCCCUGGUAAACUUGCAACCCCAUUUGAAAAAACCAAAGUUGCUGCUUACACCCUUGGUGCUAUGACUCCUUGCAUGAGACUAUAUGCCUUUCUAGGUAAGGAGUUCAAGGCACUUCUAGAUCCCAAUGAAGGCAGUCACCCAUACAAGAAGUGGAUUGACAAUUACUCUUCUGAAAGUUUUCAGGCCUCAGCUGCGCAAACCGAAGAGUUGCUCGAUAAACUAAGUGUCUCUUUGACAGGCGAGGAGCUUGACAUCAUCGAAAAGCUUUAUCACCAAGCAAUGAAACUUGAAAUAGAGUUCUUCUCUGCUCAGUCCCUUGUUCAGCCAACCAUAGUUCCUCUGAUCAAAGAACAUAACCCCGCAACAGAUCGCCUCAUGAUAUUUUCUGAUUUUGAUUUGACUUGUACAGUCGUUGAUUCAUCUGCCAUUUUGGCUGAAAUUGCAAUAGUAACAGCACCAAAAUCUGAUCAACAUCAAUCUGAAAAUCAGAUUGCUCGGAUGUCAUCCGCUGAUCUCAGGAAUACAUGGGGCCUUCUUUCCAGGCAGUACACAGAAGAGUAUGAGCAGUGCAUAGAAAGCUUUGUUCCAACUGAAAAAGUGGUGUUUGACUAUAAAAAUUUGCAUAAAGCACUUGAAAAACUUUCAGAUUUUGAGAAAAAGGCAAACAAUAGAGUUACGAAGUCUGGAGUACUCAAGGGUCUUAAUAUUGAGGAUAUAAAAAGAGCUGGUGAACGUCUCAUUCUUCAAGAUGGUUGUAUUAAUUUCUUCCAGAAAAUUGUCAAGAGUGAAAACUUGAAUGCAAAUGUUCAUGUUCUUUCAUACUGUUGGUGUGGCGAUCUCAUCAGGUCAGCCUUUUCAUCAGGGGAUUUACACGAGCUGAAUGUGCAUGCAAAUGAGUUUACCUUUGAAGAAUCCAUCUCCACAGGUGAUAUUGUUAAGAAGGUGGAGUCUCCUAUUGACAAGGUUCGAUCUUUCAAAGAUAUUUUAAAAAAUUGCCGCGAUGACAGAAAGAGCUUGACCGUUUACAUUGGAGACUCAGUGGGUGACAUACUUUGUCUGCUUGAGGCAGAUAUAGGAAUUGUAAUUGGGUCAAGUUCAAGCCUUAGGAGAGUGGGGACUCAGUUUGGUGUAUCUUUUGUUCCAUUGUUUCCUGGGUUAGUUAAGAAACAGAAAGAAUUCAUAGAAGGAAGGUCUUCUAAUUGGAAAGGGUUAACUGGCAUUCUUUACACAGCGAGUAGUUGGGCUGAAAUACAUGCCUUCAUUUUGGGGUAUUAGAUUUUUGUUUUUUUUGUUUUUUUGUUUGUUUGUUCUUAUGCACUCAACUAUGUGCUUGGACAAAGGAAUCAUUCAUAUAUAGUGGAACACAGAUAAAAGUUGGUGUCGUGUCAAAAACCAAAGAUAAAAGUUGGUGGCUGAUUUUAUAAGGGCCACAGGUUUGCUGCUGUCUUGCCCUUUUUUCCUUCUCUUUUGUAAACAGGAGACCUCUUUGAGAAAUGUGAUGUUGGCCUCUCAGGGUGCUGUAAACAGGGCAUCGAGGGUUUACAGGCAGCAAGGAAUCAAAACAGAGAUUGUUAUAUCAUUUGUCCAUAUAAACAUUUCAAGUUCUGUAUCUGUAUUUUGAUAGCUGAUUGCUAUUCGAUAUUUUUGGGAUGAAUGGCAGUUUCAGAGUGUAUUUUCGGUGGUACCUAUGCCAUGUCCUAUUAUAAAUGCAGAUGCAGAGUUCAUGUUAAUGUUUGGAUGUUGCAACUUUCUUGACUAGUUUGUUUGCUUCUGAUAUCUGUGCCAAAGAAAAGAUAUCUG